GCGGCUGCGGUGGCGGAGCCGAGGCGAGCGGGGCGGGGGCGCGGGGCGCGGCGCUCGGAGUCCGCUCGGGCCGGAGGCGCCGCGGCAGCCGCGGCCGGGCCCGGGAGCCGCGAGGAGCGCGCGCAGCGCAGCCGGAGCCGCCGCCCGGGCCAUGGCCAAGGCGGGCCGUGCAGGUGGCCCUCCCCCGGGCGGCGGUGCCCCCUGGCACCUUCGAAAUGUCCUCAGCGACUCAGUGGAGAGCUCGGAUGAUGAAUUCUUUGAUGCGAGAGAGGAGAUGGCUGAGGGGAAGAACGCCAUCCUCAUUGGGAUGAGCCAGUGGAAUUCAAAUGACCUGGUGGAGCAGAUUGAGACCAUGGGGAAGCUGGAGGAACAUCAAGGAGAAGGGACUGCCCCGUGCACAUCCAGCAUCCUCCAGGAGAAGCAGCGAGAACUAUACCGGGUUUCCUUGAGAAGACAGAAGUUCCCAGCCCAAGGAAGCAUCGAGAUCCAUGAAGACAAUGAGGAAGGCUGCCAGCAGCGCACCUGCAAGACGCACGUCCUCCUGCUGGUGCUGCACGGGGGGAACAUCCUGGACACCGGCUCGGGAGACCCUUCCUGCAAGGCAUCUGACAUCCACACCUUUACCUCCGUGCUGGAGAAGGUCAUGCGUGCCCACUUCCCUGCUGCCCUGGGGCACAUCCUCAUCAAGUUCGUCCCUUGUCCUGCCAUCUGCUCUGAGGCUUUCUCACUCGUCUCUAACCUGAACCCCUACAGCCACGAUGAGGGCUGUCUCAGCAACAGCCAGGACCACGUUCCUCUGGCCGCCCUGCCCCUGUUGGCUAUCUCCUCCCCGCAGUACCAGGAUGCAGUUGCCACUGUCAUCGAGCGAGCCAACCAGGUCUACGGAGAGUUCCUCAAGUCCCCUGACGGGAUUGGCUUCAGUGGGCAGGUAUGUCUCAUUGGAGACUGUGUGGGGGGCCUCCUGGCCUUCGAUGCCAUCUGCUACAGUGCGGGGCCCUCGGGCGACAGCCCUGGCAGCAGCAGCCGGAAGGGGAGCAUCAGCAGCACCCAGGAUACCCCUAUUCUAGCAGAGGAGGAGUGCAGCCUGGCCAGCACCAAGCGUCUCAGCAAAAGCAGCAUUGAUGUCUCCAGCGCGUUAGAGGAUGAGGAGCCCAAGAGGCCGUUACCAAGGAAACAGAGCGACUCUUCCACCUAUGACUGUGAGGCCAUCACCCAGCAUCACGCCUUCCUAUCUAGUAUCCACUCCAGUGUGCUGAAGGAUGAAGCCGAGCCCCCUGUAGCUGGGGGCCCCCAGCUCCCAGAGGCCAGCCUGAGCCGCCUGGACUUUGAUGUGUCCGACUUCUUCCUCUUUGGCUCACCCCUGGGCCUGGUCCUGGCCAUGCGGAGGACGGUGCUGCCUGGACUGGAUGGUCUCCAGGUGCGUCCUGCCUGCAGCCAGGUCUAUAGCUUCUUCCACUGCGCAGACCCUUCUGCCUCGCGGCUUGAGCCACUGCUGGAACCCACAUUCCACCUGGUGCCACCUGUCAGCGUACCCCGCUAUCAGAGGUUCCCACUGGGCGACGGACAGUCCCUCCUCCUCGCUGAUGCCCUGCACACCCACAGCUCCCUCUUCUUGGAGGGCAGCUCCCGGGGCAGCCCGCCACUCCUGGAGACCCCUGCCUCGCCUCCUCAGGCCCUGAGGUCCCGGCGCCUGGGACGGAGGAUGAGCCAGGGUAGCUCCCACAGCGACAGCUCAGACUCCUCCGACAGCCUGGCACCUGAGGGCGCCUCCCGCAUCACCGCCAAGUGGUGGGGUGCCAAGCGCAUCGACUACGCCCUGUACUGCCCCGAUGUCCUCACAGCCUUCCCCACUGUGGCCCUGCCCCACCUCUUCCAUGCCAGCUACUGGGAGUCCACAGACGUGGUGGCCUUCAUCCUGAGACAGGUGAUGCGUUAUGAGAGUGUGAAUGUCAAAGAGAGCGCUGGCUUGGAUCCUGCAGCACUGAGCCCUGCUAACCCCCGUGAGAAGUGGCUUCGUAAGAGGACCCAGGUCAAGCUGCGGAACGUCACGGCUAACCAUCGGGCCAAUGACGUGAUCGCGGCUGAAGAUGGCCCACAGGUGCUGGUGGGGCGGUUCAUGUACGGGCCUCUGGACAUGGUGGCUCUGACUGGAGAGAAGGUGGACAUCCUGGUGAUGGCGGAGCCGUCCUCGGGCCGCUGGGUGCACCUGGACACAGAGAUCACCAACAGCAGUGGCCGCAUCACGUACAGUGUGCCUCGGCCCCGGCGCCUGGGGGUCGGCGUCUACCCCGUGAAGAUGGUUGUCAGGGGCGACCAGACCUGUGCGAUGAGCUACCUCACGGUGCUGCCCCGGGGCAUGGAGUGCGUGGUGUUCAGCAUCGAUGGGUCCUUUGCGGCCAGCGUGUCUAUCAUGGGCAGUGAUCCCAAGGUCCGGCCAGGGGCAGUGGAUGUUGUCCGGCACUGGCAGGACCUGGGCUACAUGAUCCUGUACAUCACGGGGCGGCCAGACAUGCAGAAGCAGAGAGUGGUGUCGUGGCUGUCCCAGCACAACUUCCCACAGGGCAUGAUCUUCUUCUCGGAUGGACUUGUCCAUGACCCACUACGGCAGAAGGCCAUCUUCCUCCGCAACCUCAUGCAGGAGUGCUUUAUCAAAAUCAGCGCAGCCUAUGGCUCCACGAAGGACAUCUCUGUCUACAGUGUGCUGGGCCUGCCAUCCUCCCAGAUCUUCAUCGUGGGCCGGCCCACCAAGAAGUACCAAACCCAGUGCCAGUUCCUGAAUGAAGGCUAUGCGGUGCACCUGGCCGCGCUGGAGGCCAGCCACCGCUCGCGCCCCAAGAAGAACAACUCGCGCAUGAUCCUGCGCAAGGGCAGCUUUGGCCUGCACGCCCAGCCCGAGUUCCUGCGCAAGCGCAACCACCUGCGCAGGACCAUGUCGGUGCAGCAGCCUGACCCGCCCGCCAACCCCAAACCCGAGCGUGCCCAGAGCCAGCCCGAGUCGGACAAAGACCAGGAGCGGCCCCUGCCCGCGCUCAGUUGGGCGCGUGGACCCCCUAAGUUCGAGUCGGUGCCCUGAGGGCAAGGCUGUGCACUGAGCAGGGUGGGAGGGACCCUACCAGGCUACCUGCGGGGACUGGAGGGGCUGCCAUCUCCCCGACACAGGCCUUUUCCUGCUUUUUCCCUCCCGUGUCUGUCCAGCAGUGUCCAACUAGAGAGGGGAGGGACCCUGACCGGCCGUGGGGGGCGCCCUGGGCUGCUGGGGGUGAGAUCCCUGGGUCUCAGUGGAGCCUCUGCUGCCUCCCCCAUGCCUGCGCCGCAAGCCCAAGUCAGGGUUGAUGACUGUGUAAUCCUGGGGGGCAGGCUAGGCCUGCCUGGAGCUGGAGUGCUUAACAAGUCAGCCAUCUCCUUGAGAGCCCCAGGCUUUGGCAGAAAUGCUAGGCAGGCCCGAAGGGAGAAGCCCCCCGACCAGGGAUCAAUAGCGGCUGGCAGGUACAGCUUCUUGGCUGGCUGGCGGAGGGGCGAGUGGCAUUCGUGCCCAGCCUCCCUGUCACAUCCCGGCUCAUCACCUAGGGCCUGGCCCUCCUGUGGCAAAGUGAACACUUCCCAGGAGGGAGAGGAUGUUUUCUGGGCUCGUCCUGUGUUCUCGGCGUCCGUCCACUGCCCUUGGGGGGUGGGGUCUGGUGCUGACGGUCUGUUCUCCUGCAGCUGUCCAUUGUCACCCUGUUGUCUUCGGUAUCCUCACCAUUCUCCUGUGAUUCCUGAGGACAGGCAUUCCCAUUCCCUGAGCAUUCCCGCUGGUGCCCUCCCCUGCGAGGCCCUAGCUUGGGCUCUGGCCUAACCAGGCUGGCUUUGAGCCCUGGAGUCCAUUGCUUGCCCUCUGGGCCCUGCCUUCCUUAUUAACUGGAGGGGUCUUCCCAGCAACAAGGUUUUGACUCCUCGAAUCACUCGCACUUCUGCCCCCUGAGGCUUCUCAGGCCUCCCAAGCCCCUCAGAGUGCCCAGUGAUGUAUGCCUUCCACCCAGCCUGAAAGAGGGGUUCCAGGCAGGACAGGAGGAGGAGCUAUUGCCCCGCCACUUAAAGGGAAACCCCUCUGGGAGAAGCUGGGCAAGGAUCUCUGUUCCAUGGAGAGGUUUGCUUUGUCCUGAUGCCAGACCUGGUGUCCCAGGGACAGAGACAUACCCACCCCCUAAAGGGCACUCACCUUGGUGCCCACAGCUCUGCUCAGAUUGACUUCUUUUUUGGCUACUGAAAGGCUUUGAGCUGAGAUCCCAGGGUUUUGGGGUUCAUGUGAUUUCCUGUUGUAUUCUCUUCCUUUACCCCUGACAUUCAGCUUGGUCUAUGCCCUUAAUCUCCACCUGGGUUGUCCCCUGAAGUUGGCAGGGCUUGCCUCUCCUGGGGGCCAUGAAAACCUGCCCAGGCCUUCCUGCUGCUGAGCCCUCGGCCUGGGCAUGGGUCUUCUCCACUCGCCCCAGCUCCCUGGCCCAGGCUCAGGCCCAGUGCUGCUGUAUGGGCUGCCCUGGUUUGCCUCUGAGCCCCCAAGGGCCAUCAUGAGGCAGGUCGAGAUCUUCAGCCGGGGUGCUGUCAGGGCUGCCGGCCCCAGCGCCCAGCUGUACACACAGCAGGCACCUGUGUCAACCCAGCGUUGCUUCUGCUCAAUGUCUACCUCGUGCAGCUCCCAUGUAGCCAAUGUCCUCCCUGACAGCGGCUGCGGGUGGGGGGCACCCUUGCAAGUUGCCGGGCAAACUGGGUGUCCUGCUGGGAUUGGAGGGGCCUGGGUUCCCAGCCCCCACUCCUGCUCUAUCUACUAGAAAUAUGGCUUCUCUAGUCUGCCAGCUCCUGUCAAGCCCACCCAACCCAUCUAAUAGCUCUCUGCUCUACUUCUAGCCCUGCCUCUGUACCCAGAGCUGCUGGCAAGUCUGCUGGGAAGUGGGGCAUCCCCCUCAGCGUCUUAUGGUCCUGCCUCCUGGCAGUUCACAUUCCUCUUUGACCAUUUCAUUCUGGCUCUCUGUAAGGCUCACGGGGCCUCAACCUUAUUAAUCCCUUACAAAAUAGAUUUUGAAUUAAACUGGCAGAGUGUGCUUCUCUGAAACUCCACCAUCUUUUUAUAGAAGCCAGAUACAUUACUCUCAAAUGAUCAUUGGUGUGAAUGCUUUUCCCCCAGUAAGAUUCCUGCCGCCCUUUCUGAGCACCCCAGGGCUAGAAGCAGGAGUGCUGGGGCCCUGUGGAAUUUGGGGUCCUGAGGGCGGGGUUCUGUGGCUCUGAUGACUCACCCCUGAAGAUGCCGAUGGUGUACAGUGAGACAUUUGUGAACCUGAUGCCCUGGGAGCUUUAGCUGGUGUGUGGCCGUGUGCGUGGGGUUCUGUACAGUGACCAGACUCACACUUGUUCCAGUACUGCUUUCAUGGCGACUCUGUAGCCAACAUGCACUUUCUAUACUAGUGGUUUGUUCAAUUGUGUCUGUCCAGUUCAGUUGGAGAAAGAGAACCGAGUUGUGUUGUUUCCCAAGGGGGUGCUGCUGCCUCUCCCUUCAGUAGCUCUGUGACCCUGUCCAGAAUGUUUUCUAGAGAAUCCUCUGGGCUCCUGACAUGCCUGCUGCCCAGGAGCUGGAAACAGAUCUUCCUGCCUGACCAAAGCUCCUCGUUCUCAUGUGGCAUGUUUGUUCUUCCCGCUGGGAGGCGGCGGGGCGGUGGGGGAGACAGGGGGGCUGUCCUGCCGCCACCCCCAUCGUUCACCACUGGGAGUUCGGGGAGCAACCUCAGCCAGGCCACACUCUUCAGGCAUCAUGGAUUUUCUAACACUCUCAACCCCCCCACUUAGGCUCCGCAAAAUAUUGAAAAUCCCUCUUUAUCAUGCACUGGAUGAACGGCCCUCCUGUCUGGGUGCUGGCUGCAGGAAGCAAACAUAUUCCAGCCCCAGGAUCCAGAGAACACUGAGGGCGGGCUCUCCGAAAGAGGGGAGGCUGGAUCUCAUGGUUUUUAAACUGUGCUUUUACCAUUUUGGAGACCACGCCCGCACCCAAGGAGGGUCCUGCAGACAAAACAUGGCACCAAUUUUUAAACGAAAGCUGGACCUCCAGGUAGGCAGAAACAGGUCCAGAGGUGGCAUGUGGGUCUCUCCCACCCAGCCACUGGCCACCCCGCCUGGGAGGGGUGCCAUGACCCCGCCUUAAACAACUGAAUUUCCUGCAGAACCCCUGGGGUUCAGGUGCCAAGUGCUCUGCAAACCUAUUUUCUCUGGCUCUGCCAAAACAUCCCUUCUCCUUCUUUCCCUCCUGGGUUUGAGGGAACUUUCUUAAAAAUCCUUGGGUUCAGUCCAAGCAGUGAGGCCUGGCCCAGGUCCUGCCCUCCUUGCUGAGAAACCCACAUGGCUGUUGGGAGGAAAAUCAUUUUGGGCCCUUCCCUCCUUGAAAAGAAGCAGGUGACACCAGGGUUGGGCCGGACAGGAGGGUAGCCGCUCGCGGGGACCCCCACCCUCGGACCCACUGUCCUUUUCUGUCUGUUUACUCGGUGGUGGCAGCCUGUCUGGUCUGACUGUUCGUACGUGUGUGACUUCCAGUAUUAUCUGUGGUGGAUGGUCCUGUGGUGAAAAAAGGUUUAUUCUAUUCCUUACGGCUGCCUUGUACAAAAUCCGUUAGAAAAGAAAAUGUAAAAUAAUCAGAUUUCUAACAAGACAAAACCAACAUUACGGAGUUAAAAGAUUUUUACAACUGGCCUUGAUUUUGAUGUGAGCUGGUUUUUAACUCUCAAACGUUGUCACUUAAAUAAAAACCUAAUUUGCCUUUAAGA